AUGGCGUUUCAAACGUCAGCUCUGCCGAGCAUCGCGGCGGCGACUACGGAUUUAUGGCCGUCAAUAUUAAAAACGUUGAUGGUAUCAUUCCGAGCGCCGGCGCUGCCGCCUUUGAAUCCAAAAUUACCACGAACCCCAAAACUCGAAUCAAAUCAUCAACAGGCGCAUGCCCAGUCUAAGCCCUCUCCGGUUAUUCCCAAGUUUGAACUUCCCGAGUUUCUUCGAAAUGCCCAACACGAUGCCCGUCUCAUGCCCACCGCCUCUGUAAAGAAUAUUCCGGCUCCCUUCGAUAUUCGCUCCUCGAUUUCGAGUAUGCAGCGUACCGCGCUCAUUGCAGCGAACCCGGUGGUGCAUCGUCUAUAUCCACAAUAUUUAUCGGUCCGCUCUAUCUCGACGUCCACUACUCCACGUAUAUUCUCGAACCAGUUAACGAAGAUGAAUCUGCCCCAACGCCGAUCUUUUCAGACUGGUGGUCUGUCUAGGAACUUGCUUGCCCAUAUGGAAGAGUCUGCCAACAGGAACCCAACUAGUGCCACCGCUCAAAACGCAUUCUAUCAGGCCCUCUUGAAAGCUAAUAUGCCCGCUAUCAUCAUUGAGAGAUAUCAGUCUGGACGCUUUGCAACGAACGGUGCUGCAGCAGAAGCGUACCAUAAAGCCUUGAAUAUGUUAACUCCGAAUGGUGGCCAGGGAAUUCAAGACGAGGAUAUCAACCAAACCGUUAAGAAUCUACCCGGAGACCUAACUCCUACACAAGUCCAAGCUGUCACCCAGGCUCUAGCUGCUCGAUCCCGCGGUAGCAACCUAGCCGUCUCCAAAGGCGGCCAGGCGACGGGUGGCAAGGAUGGCCCACUUCACGUUGUCGUCGAUGAGACCCUUGGUGGCAGUGUCUUUCGCUGGGUUAAAUUUCUUCUCUGGUUCUGUCUCUUCACCUAUCUCAGUUUAGUCGUUGUGACUAUGCUUAUCGAUGCCUUGAGUGUUUUUAAACGUCCUGGCGGCAAAGUUGAAAGUGAGGUCAAAGCGGAACAUCAGAAGACUCGAUUCUCAGAUGUGCACGGUGCUGACGAAGCUAAGGAGGAAUUGCAGGAAAUGGUCGACUUUCUGCGCAACCCCGACAAGUUCUCCCAACUAGGCGGUAAACUCCCUAAAGGUAUUCUGCUGGUAGGUCCUCCUGGUACUGGAAAAACACUUCUCGCGAGGGCAGUCGCUGGCGAGGCUGGUGUUCCGUUCUUCUACAUGUCCGGUAGCGAAUUCGAUGAGGUUUAUGUUGGCGUUGGUGCGAAGAGAGUCCGAGAUCUCUUUGCCGCUGCCAAAUCUAAGUCGCCUGCUAUAGUCUUCAUUGACGAACUUGAUGCCAUAGGCGGCCGUCGAAAUGCGCGCGACGCAGCAUAUGUGAAGCAGACUCUGAACCAACUCCUUACUGAACUCGACGGAUUCGAUCAGACCAGCGGUGUUAUUAUCAUCGGUGCUACUAAUUUCCCAGAGUUACUCGACAAGGCCCUUACACGACCAGGUCGUUUCGACCGUCAUGUCGUUGUUGACCUGCCUGACGUCCGUGGUCGUCUUGCCAUCCUUAAGUACCACUCCCAGAAAAUCAAAGCUGCUAAGGAUGUCGAUCUCCAAGCUAUCGCCUUAGGUACUUCUGGACUUUCCGGCGCCGAGCUCGAAAAUAUUGUUAACCAGGCCGCUGUUCACGCAAGCAAGGCGAAGGCGGCCUCAGUUAGGAAAGAAGAUUUCGAUUGGGCUAAGGACAGAGUCAUCAUGGGCGCCGAGCGAAAGACAAUGGUUAUAAGCGCCGAGGAGAAAGAAAUGACAGCUUAUCACGAGGCUGGUCACGCGCUUGUCAACCUAUUGACCAAGGGUUCUGGCUCAAGCUUGUACAAAGUCACCGUCCUACCUCGCGCACACUCACUAGGCCACACGGCCUCUUUACCAGAAAUGGACAAAUAUUCUUACACUAUAAGCAAUUAUCUAGCCCGGAUAGAGAUGUGUCUAGGAGGUAAACUGGCUGAAGAGAUUGUCUAUGGAGUUAACCAAGUUACUAGUGGCGCGUCAUCGGAUCUCCAAGCAGCAACCGCUGUCGCCUUCGACAUGGUCGCAAGCUUGGGCAUGUCUUCCAAGCUCGGAAAUAUGGAGUACAGGAGCCGAUACGACUCCCUGAGCAGCGAAACCAGAGCUCAAGUCGAAUCUGAAGUCCAACGCACACUGAACGAAGCUUACGAGCGAGCUCGGAAACUGCUGAUGGAUCAUCGCAAGGAACUUGACCUCCUAGCUAAGGCGUUAGUCGAGUACGAGACGCUGAGCAAAGAGGAAGUUGAGAAAGUUAUCCGUGGUGAACGGUUACCUAACCGUAUAGCCGUUCCGAAAGGCCCUAUGACCAUCCCGUCGUCCGCCAAGCCUCCAGCCCCAGGCGAACUGGCACCCCCUGCUCCGGGAGGGGAUGACGGCCCACCCCCGCCGCCGGUUCCGCCAGCACCGGGCGGACUCGCCCCGAAAACUCUCCCUCAGGAUGGUUCAAGCGAGAAACGGGAUAGCUAA